UCAUACUGUUCGCAACUAUGGCGCCCAAGAAGAAGAGCAAGAAGUCUGAGCAGCCACCUCUGCCGGACGAGCAGCCGCCUCUCCCGGACGAGCAGCCGCCUCUCCCGGACGAGCAGCCGCCUCUCCCGAACGAGCAGCCCCCACUCCCCGCAGAGCAGCCGCCAUUGCCAGACGAGCAGCCCCCUCUUCCCACCAACGCUCCACCUCUCCCGGACGAGCAGCCACCGCUUCCAGACGAGCAGCCGCCCCUGCCAGAUGAGCAGCCUCCCUUGCCCAAUGACCAGCCUGGGCUGUCCAAGGAGAGUGAUGCGCAGCCUAUCAACUCGCUCGGCGAGGGCGAAGAUAGUGAGGACGAGAAUGACGACGAGGACGAGGACGACGAGGAUGACGGAGAUGAGGAGACCGCCGGGAAGGACAAGGGCAAGGGCAAGCAGAAAGCCCAUCCAUGGCAGGCAGUUUGGGCGCCCGCCAACAACGCGUACUACUUCUGGAACACGGACACCGGCGAGGUGACAUGGUCGAACCCGCUCGCGGCGCCUUCCGAUGCACCACCACUCCCGAACGAGCCUCCUCCUCUGCCCGCCGGCCCCGCGCCUCCUCGCGCCGGCGGACUGCCCGAGAUCGACCCGGCACUCGCGCACCUCCUCCCCGCCGAGCAGCGCGACGGAUCGUCCUCGGCCAUCUCGGCGGCAAUGGCAGCACGUACCGGCCGCCUGGGGACCGACUCGCACUACGCGUUCGCGGCGCUCGACGAGUACUCGCGCCAAAAGCGGUUCAAUGAGCACUAUUUUGACGUCGAUGGAUGGGAGAAGGCCAAGGCGGCGGAGGCGCGCAAGCGCAAGGCUGAGCAGGAGGCGGGGAUCGCCAAGGACCGCAAAAUCACCAAGAAGGACAUGGAUCGGUUCCGCGCCAAGAAGGCCGAGCAGAAGCAGCGGCGGCAGGCGUGGCUGUACGACUAGAGAGCGGGGAUGCAGUUGUGUGAACG